AUGGAUGCCGAAACGAAAGGUCUAUCGCUUCAUCAUAUGCCAGGAGAGGUACUGUUGCUGAUUGGCAGCCACCUCAAACUUGUAGCAGAUAUUGCGCACCUCAGCAGAGUCAAUCGUCACUUUCACUGCUGGUUUGACCCCGUGUUAUACGAUCCCCAGCAGCGGAGGAUCCAGCUCGACCGUCUGGCUUUGCCUUCGGCAGUUCAAGCAGCCUGCACGCCAGGAGUUUCAAAAGCAAUUCAGGCCGGGGCGUCAGUAAAUGAUAAUUUUGACGAACUACCCCGCCUAAAAGGAUGCUAUGAUUUAGAUUCGAGAGUGCUUUGUCAUGCCGUCUAUCACGGGCACGGGGAUAUUGUCAAAGUGCUCCUCGACGCCGGCGCUACUCAGCCGGAGGCACGGUGGUGGCGAGUCCCCAGGUGGCCGAACAAGUGGCUGCACUUCCAUGAAAAUGACUUUGUUUUUGAGUCUAUCCUGGAAGUCGCAGUCCAGAAUAGUAAGCUCGAGAUAGCUGAGAGCCUGCUACAGCAUGACAGGUUCACCACAACCCAACAAGUCUUCCCAGGUCUGGUCGUGGCUGCCCGUCAGGGGCAUGACGAAAUUUUCCGCAAACUCCUAGAGCGCCUAAAAGAUAACUACGAUAACCUAUCGGACGAAGACAAAGACGGACCAGUGAAAGAAGUGCAAGGGAACAUGAAACUUUGGUUUGUGGGCAGUGUCAUUCGCGACAUAUGUGACACCCCGGGAAAGGAGAGCGUCGCAGUCAAGUCAAUAAUGAAGCAGGUCCUAGAGUACAUCAAAACCCGCCGCUGGAGUAUUUCAGGGCCAAAAUCCCUUCAUCAAGUUUGUUUAGGAUACUACGACGACCCGGAGCUAGUCAAGAUGCUAGUUGAAGCCGGGUGCGACCCAAUGGAAAUCGGGGAUGACUUUGAUCAUUUGCCGAUCAACUCUGCUUUGCGAGACGGAAAGGCCAAUAUUUCUCGAUACCUGUUGGACAAAGGGUAUUAUAGAAAGAAUACGAUGGAAAUUGAGCGCCUUUUCAACGAUCUUUGCUCCGGGCGUGGCGACGACGCCGUGGACAUUGCUAAACGACUUUGGAGAAGACUGUCGCCUAGCAAAGAUAUUUUUUCACCCUGGCAGUGUGAUGUGGAGGAGGUAAUCCGAUCUAAUUGCACAUCUGGCCGAGGUCAACUGUUUCAAUUCUUGUUUGACAAUGACCCCGAGGUCAAGGAAGCGGUGACCAAGAGUUCUAACAGGCAUCGGUUUCUGAAUCACGCGUGCGUGGCAAAUACCACCGGCCAUCUUGCUAUAGCCGCACUGCUGCUAAAGAAUGGAGCAGAUCCGAACUCUCCGUCUGAACGUGGCGAAAUACCGCUUCAGACUGCAUGUGAAUCAGCUGGGCACGACAUGAUCAAGCUGCUCUUAACGUACGGAGCCGAACCAGUGAGGAAGCCGUUGGGUGGCAGUUAUCUCACAGCGUUUAAUGCCUCGUGGAAACGUGAGGACUUUGAAGCUAUCCGAAUCAUGUUGGAGCAUCUCAAGAUCCCAAUCCCACCCCUUGGGCUGGGUGUUAAUGAUGGGGCCGCCAAAAGAUGUGACGCGGUCGAGGAACUGAAAAAAUUUGACAUCCACCUGAGUCUUGACCAAUAUUUUCUGAAUGCUGUCGCCAAGGGAGAUAUAGAAACCAUGGACUACCUAUUUAAGCACGGCCACUAUCAACUAAAACACGAUACCUCCAACUUUCGCCUCCAGAUGGACCAUCCACUUGUGUUGGCCGUCGCAUCAGGGCAAGUGGCCGCCGCCAGGAAAUGCCUCGAGAUGGGAUACGACCCCGAGGCGGUAUCUGCUUGGCUAUGUCAGGGUGUGACAAGGGAAGUGUUCAGACCGUCCCAUGUGACACAGGGUCAGGGAACUUUUCCACUUGACAAUAGGGGGUUGAUUACGAGGGCGGCAUACGACGGCAACCUUGAGAUGGUGAAGCUUCUACUUGACGGCCAACGCGUGAAUGUCCUAGACGCAAGCAGGGGGCUGGAACUCGCUGUUGGAACGACGAGGGAUAUACGGAUGGUACGGACACUGUACGCGUACUUGUACUUGGGUCGUGUGGAACCGAAACCAAAGAUUCUACCCUUCCUUUUCGAAAUUGCAGAGCGGGACCCCAAAGGGAGAAUGCGGAACGCUCUUGAGAGGAUGGUAAACUGA